UACCCAAUCCAUCUAAGUAAAGCACACAGGAGAGAGAACCAAAGAACACCUCUCGGGUAAUCAAUUAACUUAAAAUCACAGAGAUGAGUUACCUGAACCGAGUCUGGGUGGCAGCGAGCGUCGCCGUCGUGAGCGGCCACACCGAUCAAGGUUCCAAGUUGAAGUCCGGCCUCAAGUCUCUCCACCAAAGCAAGAAACGCUUCUCCUCCUCCUCCACAGGUCCCGGUGGGGAUCCGGCGGAUCUACGACCUCUAUCUGGCAUGGUCGGGUGCGACCUCGACGGCGUCUUCGGUAGCAGCAAGGGAGAUGAGAGGAGGAAACAGGCCGACGAGUCGCUCCGGCAAGUCAUGUACCUGAACUGCUGGGCGCCGAGCUGAUCUGCGGUGUCUCGAGGCCUUCGGCCGGCGAUCGGAAAAUUCUGAUCGCAAAAUCGGAGUUAUUUGAAGUCGAUUGGUCCGUUGACGCGCAAACAGACCAGAUGACUGAGACGGAGAGUGAGUUGACUCGGUGAGCGAGUCGGGAAAAAUCGGCUCGGUGUGCUGAAAAUGAGAUCUGAAAUCGGAGUAAUCACCUCGGAUGCAAAUUGUUUGUACAGUUGAGAUGUAAAAAUCUAAAAAAAAAAAAGAAAAAGUACAGUUCAAUAACAAUAACUUCUUCGAAAUAGGUUCGAUCAUGUGUUGGAUGUGAAGCAGCUACUGAAUGGAUUUAUUUUCCAAGGCUCGAUCAUAUCAGACCUCUGAUUUUCGUUAUGAA